AUGAUUGCUGGAUGUUUGGUGCGCGGCGGAUCUUCCGCUUUGGUGCUUUCCGUCGCGCGCCAUCUCUCUGCAUCUCGUGGCCUCAGCCAAAGUGAGCAGAAAAGGCUAGCCAAACAGGCGCAAAAGGAGAAAGAAAGAUUGGAAAAAGAAGCCAAAAGAAAUGCCGACGCAGGCCAAACAGGCGCUAAGGCAGAAAAGCUUGCAAAGGAAGCUGAUCCAUCAGAUCCUCAAGAAUAUUUCAAUAUGCGCGUUGGCAUGAUCAAUAGCCGACGAGCCGCGGGCGAAAAUCCUUUUCCUCACAAGUUUAACGUUACGAUAUCAAUCGCUGCCUUUACUGAAAAAUAUGAGUAUCUCAAGAACGAGGAGGUUUUAAACGAAGUCAGAGUUAGCAUCGCCGGUCGUAUCUAUUCGAAGCGUGAAUCAGGCAAAAAUCUUGUUUUCUACGAUGUGCAUAGCGGAGGUGUACGGCUACAGGUGAUGGCUAAUGCCAGAUAUCAUGCUGCUGGCCCAGAUGACUUCAGUAAAGUUCAUGAAAGGAUCAGACGCGGAGACAUUGUGGGAUUUACUGGUCACCCAACAAGAAGCAAGACUGGAGAGCUUUCAUUGCUGCCAGUUGAAGUUGAGCAGCUUACACCAUGCUUAAGGAUGCUACCACAUACACACUAUGGUCUUAAAGACAAGGAGUUGAGGUACCGUAUGCGAUACCUUGAUCUUAUUAUCAAUCCUGAGGUGAAGGACAAGUUUGUGGUUCGCAGCAAAUUAAUAACUUUCUUGCGGAGGUAUCUCGAUAACUUGGGAUUUCUGGAGGUUGAAACUCCAAUUAUGAAUCAAAUUGCUGGCGGAGCCACAGCAAAACCCUUCAUCACCCAUCACAACGAACUUGAUAUGAAUCUAUUCCUCCGAGUGGCACCAGAACUCUAUCAUAAGAUGCUCGUUGUUGGUGGUAUUGAUCGUGUUUAUGAGGUUGGACGAUUGUUCCGUAACGAAGGAAUUGACAUGACCCAUAAUCCUGAGUUCACAACUUGUGAAUUCUAUAUGGCUUACGCUGAUUAUGAAGAUGUGAUUCGAUUGACUGAGGAUUUGCUUAGCAAGAUGGUAAUGUUUAUUCACGGAAAAUAUAAGAUUCAAUAUCAUCCAAAUGGACCUGGGACCGAACCGGUGAUGGACAUUGACUUUACUCCGCCAUUCAAGCGUGUUAACAUGUACGAAGGAUUGGAGAAAGUAGUUGGGGCGAAGCUUCCAUCUCCGGAUACACUCAACACAGAAGAAUCUCGUCAAUUUUUUGACAAACUCUGCCGUGAGAAAGGUGUUGAGUGUGUGGAACCACGCACAACAGCACGUCUUUUGGAUAAGUUAGUGGGCGAGUACCUCGAGAGUACGUUUAUAUCCCCUACAUUCCUCAUUGGUCAUCCACAGAUAAUGAGUCCACUAGCUAAGUGGCACAGAUCUAUUCCUGGUCUUACUGAGAGGUUCGAAUUAUUUGCUGUCACAAAAGAGAUUGCUAACGCAUACACUGAGUUGAACGAUCCUAUCAAACAACGACAAAGCUUUGAGCAACAAGCUGCUGAUAAGAAUGCUGGAGACGAUGAAGCCCAAAUGAUUGACGAGAACUUCUGCACUGCUCUGGAGUAUGGUCUUCCACCUACUGCUGGAUGGGGAAUGGGAAUCGACCGCUUAACUAUGAUUCUAACCGACAGCAACAAUAUUAAGGACGUUCUCUUCUUCCCUGCUAUGCGGCCAGAGGAGCAAGGACAAUCGGUGGUAGAUGGUGUUGAGAAUUCUGCUAACUGUUGA